AUGGCUGUGCGCGGCGCCAACACCUUGACGCCCUUCUCCAUCCAGGCGAUCCUCAACAAGAAAGAGGAGCGCGGCGGGCUGCCCGCGACGGAGGGGCGCCCCGUACCCGGCGGCACAGCGGUGGCAGUGGCUUCGGCGCCCGCUGUCUGUUGCUGGCGGCUCUUUGGGGAGACAGACGCGGGCGCGCUGGGGGGCGCCGAGGACUCUCUGCUGGUGUCGCCUGCUGGGACCAGAACGGCUGCGGGGCGGGCCGCGGAGAGCCCGGGCGGCUGGGACUCGGACUCGGCUCUGAGCGAGGAGAACGAGGGCGGGCGGCGCUGCGCGGACCCGCCGGGGGCCAGCGGGGCCUGCCGUGCGGGGGCGACCCUGGGCCUCGGCCAGGCGGUCUGUGAGCUGCCCGCCGCCAAGGACCUGGAGGAGGAAGCCGCGGGCCGGAGCGACAGUGAGAUGUCGGCCAGCGUCUCAGGCGACCGCAGCCCGAGGGCCGAGGACGACGGCGUUGGCACGGGAGGCGCACGUGUGCCGACGUUGUGCAGCGGCGGCGGCGGCCCGGCGGGCGGCGCGGAGGAGGAGGAGGAGCCCGCGGCGCCCAAGCCCCGGAAGAAGCGCUCGCGCGCCGCCUUCUCCCACGCGCAGGUCUUCGAGCUGGAGCGCCGCUUCAACCACCAGCGCUACCUGUCCGGGCCCGAGCGCGCAGACCUGGCCGCGUCGCUGAAGCUCACCGAGACGCAGGUGAAGAUCUGGUUCCAGAACCGCCGCUACAAGACCAAGCGCCGACAGAUGGCCGCCGACCUGCUGGCCUCGGCGCCCGCCGCCAAGAAGGUGGCGGUGAAGGUGCUGGUGCGCGACGACCAGAGACAGUACCUGCCCGGAGAGGUGCUGCGGCCUCCCUCGCUGCUGCCGCUGCAGCCCUCUUACUAUUACCCUUAUUACUGCCUGCCGGGCUGGGCACUCUCCACGUGCGCGGCCGCCGCGGGCACCCAGUGA